AUGGAUAACACCCAUAAGAGGACUCUAACUUUUCUAACCAUUGGACUGAUAUUUAUGCUGAGCGGCAUAGAGUAUGCUGUCAUUCUACCUACAAUAUGGAAGUAUCUGCAGAUUUUGGAGGCUCCACCUUACUUCCUGGGUUUGGGUUUGUCUGCCUUCAGUCUGAGUGGGCUGUUAACUGGUCCACUUUUUGGGUUCUGGUCAGAUCGGAGCAAAACUACAAAAUCCAUCAUCCUCUUCUCCAAUCUUUUUGAGAUUGCUGGUAACUUCAUGUAUUUUAUCGGAUAUUCAAGGUGGCUGUUAUUAAGCAGUCGGUUUGUAGCAGGUAUUGGUGCAGGAGCAGGCUCCUCCAUCUUUGGUUUUCUAACCCGGAGCACUCUACCAGAGGAGCGUGCUGGUAUCUUUGCAGCCAUCAUGGCCUGUCGACAAGUUGGCCUACUUGUCGGGCCGGCGUUCAACUUGUUCCUGCGGCUGUGUGAUUUCAAACUGGGGCCCUUUGUUGUGAACAAGUAUACGUCUCCUGGGAUCUUCAUGUGCCUGUUGUGGGUGUUGCUCCAGUUUGUCGUCCUAACCAUUUACUGGGAUGUACCACCCAUCAGCUCAGAGGGGGGUGCCAUAAUGAUGGAGAUAAAACAGGAGGAGGAAGAGGAGGGGGUGCCGUUGAUGGGGUCGGACGAGGACCUGGUGCACUCCUACAGAGCUGUUAACUCUGACCAGUUGGAGACUUCCUUCUCCUCAGAGAUGCAACCUGUCCACGGAGCCAUGAACCCCUUCAAAAACUUCAAUGCCAGCAGAGAGUUCCUGAGAGAAGAGGUGAUUGUUGUUCUCACGGCUCAGUUCAUCACUUUUUUCAAUCAGACAGCACUGGAGACCAUGGUGACUCCUCUGACGCAGCGCUACUUCAGCUUCGGCGAGCUGGGAAACAGCCUGAUGUACAGCCUGUGCGGGGUGGAGGUCAUCCUGGGCUUCUUCUUUGUGCGCUGGCUGAGCAGGAAGGUGGAGGACCGUGUGGUGCUGGCCGUGGGCCUGGUCAUCUGCUGCACCGCCUGUAUCUGGUGCCUCAUUUUCCUCUGCAACCCCCGAGGUGGUUAUGGAUGGGAGCUGUCGGCCUUCAUCAUCGGAGUGUUUCUGCAGCUGCUAGGGCUUCCCUUCGUGGCUGUGUCUCAGGUGUCUCUGUUCUCCAAAGUCACUGCUGAGAAAACACAAGGGUUCAGCCAAGGCGUCAGACGCUCAGUUGGGGGCCUGGCCACCAUCUUGGGUCCUUUGUGGGCUGGAGGAUUGACCAAUAAUUUGUACAUAAUGCUGGGCAUGAUGCUGGCUCUCCUCAUAAUGAUCACAGUUAUGACGGUGCUGUCCUACGAGCGGCUGGCCGAGCCCAGGGUGGUCCAAUGUGCCCAGAGCUCUGACAGCGGAGGAUAGGCCCAAAGUCAACGAGCAGCAGAGGCUAAAGACGCUGCGAAGGAAUGCCCUUCACUUCAGAGAGAAUUAAUCUAAGUUUCCUGCAGAUAAAAGUGU